AUGACCUGCGCCGACUCCGUCCAGCGCGGGACCGGGCCUGCGCCCCUCCUCAUCCUCGACGAGAUGCGCCCCCUCCUGACCGCGUCGGCACCUCCUUCCGGCAUCGGGAAGGUCGCCGGUUGCUUCGUCGACCCUCAGCCGUCGGUCUACUCCUCCCCAGAUCCCCGGCCCUCCCAGUCGGACUUCGAGAUCCUCUACCACCACUUCUACGAGGCUGCCCCUACCUCAAGUUCCCACUUCACCGCCAACCAAGCCACCGAGGCCUUCGACGGCCACGACUGCGUCCACGUCAUCGACUUCAACCUCAUGCACGGCCUCCAGUGGCCGGCCCUCAUCCAGGCCCUCGCCCUCCGCCCCGGCGGCCCCCUUCUCCGCCUCAGCAUCGGGCCCCCUCCCCGACGCGCCGACCCCUGCUGCGAGGUCGGCCUCCGCCUCGAGCUCGCUCGCUCCGUCCACGUGCGCUUCGCUUUCCGCGGCGUCGCAGCCAACCGCCUCGACGACGUCAAGCCCUGGAUGCUCCAGGUCACCGGCGAGGCCGUCGCCAUCAAUUCCGUCAUGCAGCUGCACAAGCCCUCGCCGACGCUGACGUGGCGGCCGAUCGAGCCCGUCCUGGGCUGGAUCGCCGGCCUGAAGCCGAAUAUCGUGACAGUCGUCGAGCAGCAGGCCGACCACAACAAGCCCGUAUUUCUGGACCAGGUUACCGAAGCUCUCUUCUACUACUCCACCGUCUUCGACUCGCUCGAGGGCGCCGGAGCCAGCAGCAGCACACAGUCAAUAGCGCGGCCGAAGUCUACCUACAGAGAGAGAUUUGCGCAUAUCGUCUGCGGCGACGGAUCGAACCGCGUCCGCGCGCACGAGCCGCUGGCGAAGUGGCAGGCGAGACUGAGCCGGGCCGGGUUGAGGCCGAUUCAUCUCGGGUCGAACGCGUUUCAAGCAGCGCGAGUUGCUGCUGACGCUUUUUCCUCAGGUGGGUACUGCGUCGAUGAGGUCGACGGGUGCUUGACGCUAGGGUGGCACAGCCGGCCGUUGAUCUCGGCGUCGGCGUGGAGGGCGGAGGGCUGAUGGCGCAUGACGUGGAGGCGCCGGAGAGCAAUGUUACCGUCAGUAGUAGAAUUCAUCAUCAUCAGUUCGGUGUUAACGCCGGCGAUAGUACUAGCAGCAGCAGCAGUAAUAAUAAUGUUAGUAAUAGGCACCAUCAGCAGCAGGUAUGAUGUUAGUGCACUUGUAAAUUAUUGGUGUCAAUUAUAAAACGAGAUCUCUUUUUUUUU